AUGAAGUUGGAGGUGUUUGGCCCCCGCCCGGCCCACGGGGACAAGCCAGGUAGUGAUCUGGAGGGUGCAGGCGGCAGCAACGCGCCAUCUCCGCUGUCGGCAGCUGGCGACGACUCCUUGGGCUCGGACGGGGACUGUGCGGCCAACAGCCCCGUGGCGGGCAGCGGCGCCGGGGAGCUGGCGGGCGGUGGCGAGCGGAGCGCAGGCGGCGGGCCGGGCACAGAGGAGGAGGGCCCGGCGGCGGCGGCGGCGGCGGCGGCGGCGGCGGCGGCGGCGGCGGCGGCGCACGCGGAGGCCUGCACGGCGGGCCCCGGGGCGGGGAGCGCUGGGGGCGGCGAGGGCGCGCGCAGCAAGCCAUACACUCGGCGGCCCAAGCCCCCAUAUUCAUACAUCGCGCUCAUCGCCAUGGCUAUCCGCGACUCAGCAGGCGGGCGCCUGACGCUGGCCGAGAUCAACGAGUACCUCAUGGGCAAGUUCCCCUUCUUCCGCGGCACCUACACGGGCUGGCGCAACUCAGUGCGCCACAACCUCUCGCUCAACGACUGCUUCGUCAAGGUGCUGCGCGACCCCUCGCGGCCCUGGGGUAAGGACAACUACUGGAUGCUCAACCCGAACAGCGAGUACACCUUCGCCGACGGGGUCUUCCGCCGCCGCCGCAAGCGCCUCAGCCACCGGGCGGCGGCCCCAGCACCAGGGCUUCCGCCCGAGGAGGCCGCGGCCCACCCCACCGCCGCGCCCCCGCCGCCCGCGCCCGCCACCCCGGCUUCUCCCCGCGCGCGCUCGCCCGCCCGCCAGGAGGGGCGCUCCAGCCCUGCGGGCAAGUUCUCCAGCUCCUUCGCCAUAGACAGCAUCCUCAGCAAACCCUUUCGCAGCCGCCGCGACGGGGAAGCGGCCCCCGGGGCGCGGCUGCCAUGGGGAGCCUCGCCCUGUCCGCCGCUGCCCACAUAUUCCGCGCUACUCCCCGGCGCCUCCGGAGGGGCUCUACUGCCGCUGUGCGCUUACGGUGCGACCGAGCCGGCGCUGCUGGGCGCGCGCGGAGCCGACGCGCAGCCAGCCGUGCAGCCCUCCGUGCCACCCGCCGUGCCACCCGCCGCACCUCACCUCCUGCUCGCGCCCCUCUCCGCCUCGGCCCCAGCCAAGCCAUUUCGAGGCCCGGCGGCCGGCGGCGGCUCGCACCUGUACUGCCCCCUGCGGCUGCCCGCGGCCCUGCAGGCGUCCUCGUCCUGUGGCCCCGGCCCGCACCUGCCUUACCCAGUGGAGACGCUCCUGGCCUGA